AAGGACCUUGACGCACAUGAAAAUCGCAUCGCAUCACAUAAUACCAUUCAAUUAAUUCGCAAAGAUUUCCAUCUCAAUUUCCAUCCCUCUGUGAUAGUUGUUGGUUCGUUGCGCACUCCUAGUUUCACUCUGGGUUUCCCUCAGUACUUGUAUUGGUACUCAAGUAAUUAGGGUUCUUGGUCUCGCUUAGCCCCGCAGUCUUCAACUCGACAAAAGUGCGCGCUGGUGGGACAAAUUUCACGAAAUACCCCAUCGCACCAACGACAUCACCACGCGCGUGGCAACCACACCCACAAGACCACGAACCAGCGAUCACAUCAAGAUGUCGAAAUUUUUUAAAGGCGACAGCUCGAGCGACAGCAGCUCCUCUGAUGAGGAAGAGCUCUACUCCGACUCCGAGGAAGAGGAGCAACAAGGCCAGGAUUCCUCCGAUGAGGGCGACGAGGACAAAGAUGACGACGACAGCGGAAGUGGCAGCGAUAGCGACGACUCAGAUAAGGGAAAGGGUGCGAAUAAGUUCUUGAAGGAUGGCUCCGACUCGGACAGCGAGGACAGCAGCGAGGAUGAGGGCAUAAAAGUCGUGAAGAGUGCGAAGGACAAGCGGCUGGACGAGCUCUCUGUGUCUAUCAAGGCCAUCGAAAAUGGACAAAAGAUCAAUGAUUGGGGAUCUAUUUCCGCAGGUAUGCGACGAGAGAUGCUUCUCUGCGCACCGCAAACGCUGACCCAUGCAAUUAGAAUUCGACAAGCUCAAUCGGCAAGCCCUGAAGCUCAUCCAGUCAGGCAAUACCCCAAAGAUCUAUGUUAAGGCUAUCGCAGAGUUGGAGGACUUCAUGAACGAGACGAUCGCCAAGCAGAAGGUCUCAACGAAGAAGAUGAAUGCGACCAAUGCUCGUGGUUUGAACGCCGUGAAACAACGCAUCAAGAAGAACAACAAGGAUUUCCAGAAGGAGAUCGACGCUUAUAAGGCAGACAAUGAUGCUUUCAUGGAGUCGUCAGACGAGGAGGAGGUCGUUGUCAAGCCCUCUCGAGUACCAAAACCGGCCUCUGGAGUAACCAUCGACCUUGGUGAUGAUAAUGAAGGUUGGGCUGCUGUUGGUAAGGGCGGACGGGUCCUCGAAUUCACACCAGAGAGUAUUCUUAAACACCUUAGAACCAUCAUGGAAUCCCGAGGAAAGAAGAACACAGACAGAACAGAACAAAUCACCAUUAUGGAGAAGUUGUACAAAGUUGCAGACACCCCAUAUCAGAAGGUCCGAGUUCUCCUGACACUGAUUUCAACCCGCUUCGACCUUACCACUGGUGUUCAAACCUUCAUGUCCCAAGACCACUGGAAGGCUGCAGAGAAGGAAUUCGGAAAGCUUCUUGAAGUUCUCGAGGCAAACCGAGAACUUGUAGUUGUAGAGAAUGCAGAGGAGUGGGAAGAUGACGAGAAAGCCCCAACCAUUACUGCAGGCGAAAAGCUCAAGAUUCCAGGAAGCAUCGUGUCAUACGUUGAGAGAUUAGAUGAUGAACUUACCCGAUCACUUCAGCACAUUGACCCCCACACUGCGGAAUACAUCGAUCGCCUUUCCGACGAAGCUGCUUUGUACAACAACAUUGUUCGCACACUUCUUUACACGGAAUUCCUGCGUCAAGAUGAGAGCCUCCAAGUCUCCCAAGACAGCGUCAACCGUAUUGUGAUGAGAAGACUGGAGCAUGUUUACUUCAAAGUGAGUGUUAUGAAGAUCCCCGUUGUAAGUUUAGCUAACGACUGGAAUAGCCUGCUGCCGUUGUCAAGAUUUUGGAGGAGAAUUGCUGGAAGGCAACACCAGAAUCUCUCGAUUCCGCCAUCACUCCACGAACGAACGUCCCUGAUGCCACUGCUCUAGUCAAUACCUUGUGCAACUACCUUUUCAUCAACAGUGAAGGCAUUAUUCGAGCCCGAGCCAUGUUAUGCCAAAUCUACUUCCUCGCUCUCCACGACAACUACUACAAGGCCCGUGACAUGAUGCUUAUGUCCCAUUUGCAAGAGACGAUCAGUGCCUUUGAUGUGCACAGCCAAAUCCUCUUCAACCGAACUCUCGUCCAAGUUGGAUUGUGCGCUUUCCGUGCUGGUCUUGUGUACGAGGCCCAAACCACUCUUCAAGAGAUCUGUGGAAGUGGCCGCCAAAAGGAACUUCUAGCCCAAGGUGUCAUGAUUCAACGCUACAACCAAGUGUCUCCCGAACAGGAACGUCUUGAACGCCAACGCCAACUUCCUUUCCACAUGCACAUCAAUCUAGAACUUUUAGAGUGCGUGUACCUCACCUGCAGCAUGCUUCUGGAGAUUCCGUUAUUGGCACAAACUGGCUCAUCGCCGGAUAUCAAGAAGCGUGUCAUCAGCAAGACCUACAGACGUAUGUUAGAGUACCACGAGCGUCAGAUCUUCACUGGCCCUCCAGAAAACACCAGAGACCACAUCAUGCAAGCUUCCAAGGCUCUGGCUGCUGGCGAAUGGAAGAAAUCAACCGAGUUCAUCCACUCGAUCAAGAUUUGGGAGCUGAUGGCAAAGCCAGAGGAAAUUAAGGUCAUGCUCUCGGAACAGAUCCAAGAGGAAGGCCUCCGAACAUACCUUUUCACAUACGCCCCAUUCUACGAUACCCUUUCCGUUGCCACACUUUCUUCCAUGUUCGAGCUUUCUGACCGAAAAGUCGCUGCUAUCGUCAGUAAGAUGAUCAGCCACGAGGAACUUGCUGCUGCACUUGACCAAGUCAGCUCUUCUAUUAUCUUCCGAAAGGGUGUUGAGUUGAGCAGACUCCAGAGCUUAGCUUUGACACUCAGCGACAAAGCCAGCGGCCUUAUCGAGAGUAACGAGCGAACACUUGAGACAAGAACACAAGGUAUGGCCAACGCAUUUGAGCGGCAGGGUGGAAGAGGCGGAAGAGGGGGUAGGGGAGGAAACCGAGGUGGCAGAGGAGGCGGGGCAGGUCGUGGUGGCGCACCAAGACAACCUGGCGGAACUCAAUUUACUGGUGGUGCUUUGGGUGCUGCUGUCCGAGCUUAGAGUGGUCAUGUAUUUGCAUUUGGGCUGGUUGUUACCAGGGUUGCGUCUGCUAUUAACAGGCGUUCAGUAGAGCUUACAAAAAAGCCUUUUCUGUGGUUUACACAAGAAUGAGUUGAUGAUAAUUAAGUCAAAAAAUAUCCAAAAUU